GGCUGCAGCGCCUCGCGUCUGGUCCGCUGGAGCCGCAGAUCACUCGAUCCUCCACCGCUGCUGGAUGUGUACGGACCCCGCGCGCUGUUCCUCACGGACGCUCACAAAUAUCGCGCUCUUUCUGGAUUGUUUUUCAUUUCUGAUGUUUCUCACUUGCUCUCCGAUGCACAGAAAUGGGUAAACUUCAUUCCAAACAUGCUGCUAUUUGUAAAGCGAGGGAGAGUCCUGAAGGCGAUAGUUUUGUAGUUAACGCGUGUUUGGCGAGGAAAGGACUGGAUGACUGGAUGGUAAAGCAGAAGUAUUACUGCCCGAGCUCUCGUGUAGAUCAGCAGGACUGCCAGCAGAAAAAUACCUGCGGACUGUCUCCACGGGACCUGUUGGAUGAAGGUUAUGCUGAAGGUAUCAGUGACGAACGUUAUCGUUUAGAAGUGGCCCUGCCCCCUGAGAAGACUGACAUCUGUAAUGUGGAAGAGAGAAUGCAGGACACUGAAGGCUGUGCCACUGUCGGCCCACACAAACAAUUACAGUUUGAGGAGUUGGAGUGUGCUGUAUCAGUUGAAGAAGAUAACAGGCAGGAGUGGACUUUCACCCUCUACGAUUUCGAUAACAAUGGCAAGGUCACACGAGAGGACAUCACCAGUCUACUGCACACCAUAUAUGAGGUGGUGGACGCGUCAGUGAAUCACUCCCCCAGCAGCAGUAAGACCCUCAGGGUGAAGCUCUCUGUUGCUCCAGACUCCAGCCAGAAAUGGAGGAACUGCACCCAGAGCAACACAGCAGACACUCCCCAUCCCAAACAUAAGGGAGAAAAGUGUAUUGAGGACUCCAAGACUUCGGAGAAAAAGUCAAGAGCCUUUCUUAGGCGUUACCAUGCUGAUCACCACAACCAGCAAGGUUGCCAGCGGCACUGUGUAGAUGAGAACUUGGAGAGAAGAAACCAUUACCUUGACCUGGCUGGCAUUGAAAACUACACAUCCCGCUUUGGAGCAGGUACAAUCUUAAAGGCAGCUCCUGCCGCAGAACCAGCAAAACCCAACCAUACCACACGUUCAUCCAAUCAGACACGCUCACGUUCUCAGGAACCAGAGAAUGUGCACGCAUACUCUGUUCACCAUCGGCGCUCACAGACCAUCUCCACAGACCCUCCUGCCAUCCUCUCCCGGCACACACACGCACUUCGUUCACCUAAAACGCACCGCACGCCACCCACACAGGCCUCUGCCGGUCGGGUGAUAAGAAGAGGAGCGCCCCCUCCCCCAGCGGUCUCCAACCAGACCCCUCCGCACCAAAGCUCAGGCCCGUACCGACGACACAAGCAGAGGCCUAAAGAGGGCCUGCACUAUCGGGCUCUUGGGCCGACCGUGACGUCUGGCCCAGUCGUGGAGAAAGAGCAUGUGAGGGAUCUGCCCAGUCUGGUGCUAUAUGAAGGAGGACUAGCUCAGGUGGUCCAACGACACGAGCAUCAUCAUCAUCACGAACAUCAUCAUCACUACCAUCACUUCUAUCAGUCCUGAAAAGUAAAACACAGAUGGGCUACAAAAAGGAUCAAAAUAAGAAUAACAAUGCGGAACAUAACAAUUGAAUGAUCAUUGCAUGGCCACAUUGAGGCUGAGAAGGACACAAAGCAUCAUGUUCAUGCCAAAGUGGCAGACAAUAUGUACACAUUUGUAUAUAUACGUGUGUGAGUGUGUGUGUGUGUGUGUGAGAGAGAGAGAGAGAGAGUUUGUGUGGGUCGGUUUGAAUGUGUGCUGAUGUAUUCAGUCCUGUCGUUGGCAGCAGGAGAGGUUUACUUACUACGUAAGGGCUCUAUCUUCCCCUUUUCUCUUCUUUUUUCUCUCUAUCAUUCUAUCUGCCUCCUUUGUUUUUCUCUUUCCCUCUCUUCAUUCUUAUCCGAUUGGUCUAUUUGGUUGAAAAGGUGGUCAGUCCUGUUAAAUGAAGAAUUUUGAUUUGUCAAACCACUUUUGAGGGAAUACAAUUCCUUGGUUUUGUAACUUACACUUUGUGUGUGCAUGUGUGCACACAAUCUGUGCAUCUGUGUGCCUAUGGUGUCUUUUUUACUUAUCCUUUUAUGUUUUCAUUUUUCCACUGAAGACCACUUGAAAAGCACUUCUUGUGCCGUUGCAUUCGAGACACUUUAUUAAGAGCUUCUCUCUCCGAAACCACAAAUCUGAAUCGACACCUUUAAAAAUGCAAUACAGGACACAUGUACAUAAGAGAGCCAGUAAAGACACUCAAACCAUCAAAUCGGACUUUGUUGAAGGACAGUAUGAGAUCUACACACUACCAAUCAACAUGAAGAAAACAGAGCAUCAUAAUCAGCUGCUACCUCUAGUAUUAUUAUGAUUAUCGGUAUUAUUGACAAUUUUAUUCAGAAUUUAUGUUUUAUUUGUCUGUCUGUUGUAAUAUGCCACCAAUCUGCAGUCAUGUUAAGGUGUAUUGGAUUGAAAUCCAUUGUAAGCUUUAUUACUGAAACUUUUUGUUUUGUUUUUGGUGUUUUCCUGUCCCUGUAACUUUAAGCUAAUUUCAUUCUAAGACCACUAGGCAUCAGAGUUUAUAGUGUAAUUAUGUGUAUCAGACAAUAUGAAAUCUUAAAAUAAUCUUCUGAUUAUUGUAGUAUAAUGUUUUGAAGCUUGUUUAAAAAAUAAUUUAUUUGAAAAACAUAUUCCUGUCAGGUUUAUGGCAAGUCAAAAUGGGUCUAAUCAAAUGAUUGGAAAACAAUGAAUACAUUAUACCUGAUAUUAUUGUAUUUUUUGCUUGUUUAGUUGUGGUUUCAACUUUUUCUUAUCAUUUCAGUCAAUUCAGAUAAUUCAAGUUUUAAAGUGUUAAGGAAUCUGUGCUGCCAAGGUAAAAUAGUAUUUUUAUUUCUCAGGUUCAUUUCACGUUUGAGUCACUGAGUCACAAAACAAUGUUUUCGGUUUUGAAAGGAGCUGUGAACCACUGGAAAGAAUCACCCUUUAGAGUUUUUAAUUUCUUUCAGAGUCCAAAAAUAUGUUCUCAGACUGAAUUAGGGUCUUUUAGACAGUAUGUUAGUGCCUUUAGCUCGGUAUUGGCUGAAGUGAGUUAGGUAACGAGAAAACAAGUCUGGUUAAAUAGGAGUACAUCUGUUCCCAUGCAGCAGUUUAAAACAGCAUUUAAAUAGUACAUUAUGAAUCUAUUUUAGGCUCGAUGUAUCCCAAGUCACCUAGAGGGUGUGUGAGUGAGUGUGUAUGGCAGCUGACUCAUUCCUCUGGGGCAGGAUGACCGUAUCGCCGCCUACAAGUCUCCAGUCCUCCAUAACUCAACGAUACCCCACUGACAAGAGAGUUAAUGCGUGCAUGUGUAUCUGAAACCAGCACCACUGAAGAUUAUGAAACACAAAAACCUUCGUUCAAACUCAACAAAGCAGGUGUGUGUGUUGAAGAUCACAGCAGGUGUUUUAAUACUCCACGUAAUUGUUCUCAUCCCUCUUUUUUGAUGAUUUUAUACACACAGAGAGAAAAAAAAAACUUGUAUUGAAAGUUAUAAAAAUGUACACUUGUACUUGCAAUUUUGGGCCCCAAUGAAGAAUGAGAAUUUUGUCAGUGAUGGGAUGAGUUAAUUAUGUUUGCUUAGAACCUGUUGGACUUUCUGAUACGUUUAGAGUGAGAUCAGCUGACUCUUCUGCUCAGGAGGCAGUGGAAAUGUGAGGACAUCACACUACACUAAACUCUGGAAAACUAACCCAUCACAGCUUGUAAGUUAGCCUCAUUCAGUUUUGCAGUUGAGUGAAUGUGUUAUGGAGCUUAGCUUUCCCUCUCAUUCUCUUUCUGUUUGUGGUGAGAUGUUGCCAUUUUAAAUGAUUCUGACCAUUUCUUAAACAUAUUGCUGCUCAGAAAAAAAACAACCAAAUCUAUGGCAACAUGAGAAAUUGAAAAAUUUAAACAUGCCUCAUGUGCAAAACAUCUAAAUGCACAGUAGAUUCAUUUGUUAUUUUCUUAUUGUCCCACAGUGUUCUUGUUUAUCCUUUAAAGAAUCAUCACACUAAAAUUGCUUUGAUGUUUGAUAGGUUCACCUGCCUGAUGGUUGUAAAUACAUCAUGCGCGGACAGCUGUGGGGAUAACAGUAUGUUAGUUGGAUUCUUCACUAUUUAUCUGGAGGAAUAGCUAUUUUGUAUAGUGCCAUUUGUACUUACAACAUUUCUUGAUUUCUGUUGUGCUUUUGUUUUGUGUGACUGAGUGAGUGUGUAGGACAACACACUCAGGCUCACAGAAAAUGAUUCAUGGAGGUGCUUGUACAUAAAUAACAUGGUAGCAUUACAUGCCACACCCGAACCCUAGUCCAGAUCAUUUGUGAUUUUUCCUAAUAAAUUUUCAUGCUUUUUUGUUUAGUUUAUAUAGAUGGAUGGAAAUAAUUGCUUUAUUUAUUUAAUAGCAAACCUGUGCCAAGAGAAAACCUUUCAUUAAAAUCUGAACUGUUGCUUACUGAUUG